AUGAUGCCCGAGACCGCGUCUCCCGACAACGACGUGUCCAUCGCGGAUCCCCAAGCCCACGAAACAGGUACCGACGCCAACAACUUGCACGAGGGCGACGUGAUAACGGCCGGUCUCAAGGCGAAAGAUGUUUCUCAUGAAGCCGGCACGAAUGUGCUGGCGAACACGGACGCGCCGGCGUACACAAAUGGCCACCCCCCGCGGCAUGUUAAUGGCAAUGGAGGGCACGAUGAAGAGGACAGCCGACCAGCGAAAAGACGACGAACUCAUAACAGUACCCCUCCGCCAACACCGUCAUCGGCAAAGAAGCUCAAGCCCAUAUCACCCCCAUGGAAGAGGAUUAGUGCCGAAGGGCCUACUAGUUUCACCGAGAACGGUCGUCGCAAGUCAGGUCGAAUCAAUACCCUGCCGCUGGAACUUCAACCGCAAGGCAAGAAGAGAUUGACUAGACAAUCGUUAGGGUCAAAGGGUACUGCAAAGCCAGCAAAAAAAGCAGAUGCAACGUCCAACAGACCACCUAACAAUAAAGUGGGCUCGCAGAAGAAACUCCUAGGGAUGCCCAAAUCGACAUCUCGAAAGCCCGAGGCACCACCUUCCAGAAUCUCCUCUCGAUCUCUUCGGCGUCGCUCACCGUCUCCACCAGCCCAUCCUACCAGACAAUCUACGAGAACUCGACGGGCCUUCCGUGCUGCUAAUGCUUCCGAUGCCCAAGACGAACUCUCUACUCCAACUCAUGACCCAACCUACCAAUUCCACGAUGGUGACGGACGAUCUCCCCGGAUAAAGUUGCGAGUCGGUCGCUCCGGUUUCAUACCGCUGGUUCACGCAGACCAAGUCCGCAAGCGACCCAAAGUUGGCACCAGCUUCGAAGAUUUUUGGGCACGGGCUGGAACAAUUCCAGUAGAGGAUGGAGGGCUCUUUGCGUCUGAAGAUGGACCAAUCUAUACUGAUGAAGCCGCCAUGAAAGACGCUUUUUCGAUGACGCGAAUUGAGCAAGAAGUUCAGCCUGGCGGCAUCCUCUCACUCGGUCGCUGUUCAGCCUUUAUUCCCGAAGAGGAAGAGGAACCUAGUAGACAAUACGCUCGCCAAGAUCAUCUUAUCAAAGCUAUGGCGAAUUUCCGUAAGCUACUGCUUCUAGAACAACAAAGACACCGCGCUAUAGCAAAGAAACUUGCAGAAGCGUGCCGUGACGCGUGGGUAGAUAGGCAACCCAAGUCAGCAGAACAACUUGAAGCGGAGGCACGACAAAAAUGGAUUGGGCACUAUCGAUAUGUCAUCCGCGCCAUGUUAGGUACUUGGGAGAAUGUCCGCGCUCAAGUUAACCGCCGACGCCUCGAGCAAUGGGAGGCGGAGGAGCAGAAACGUGUCAAAGCCGCUCUCAAUGAGGCAGUGAACCUCUCAGAACAAAAACUGCAGGCACGUCGUGGGUUGGACUCCGAACAAGUGUCCGGUGAUGACGAUGGUUUCGAUGACCUCAGCGACGAUCUUAGCACCAUGGACGAUGAUGACAUCGAUGAAUCGAAUAUGGCAUCUGGCGAUAGUGAUGGUGAUGAUGAGGACGGUCUUGAUAGCGAUAAUAUGUCAACAUCCGAGGAAGAGGAAGAAGGCGUUGAUGGGGGAAUAAAGGAUACCGGAGAUGAAGGUCUCACGCAGGAGGAGCUAAGGGCAAAGUACGCCAAUCUUCCCGAUCUCAAGGAGUCAGACAAGCAGUCAAGCAUUGAUGCCACAGCAAGCGAUGCCUUGGCUGACACGGACGUCGGCGGCGAGACUAGCGACGAGUCAGUUGACAUGGAUGAUGAUUUGGGCUCUAGCGACGUGGGCAGUGACGAUGAUGACAAUGAUGGCGAUGAGGAUGAAAGCGACGAGGAAGAAGGCGACGAGGAUGCGGGCGGUUUGCUUGGCCUCUUGUUUGGCAAAUCAGAACUCAAGCAGAUGAAGCAAGACGCUACAGAGCAAAGGGACGAUGGCACUGAUCUCACCGUGGCUUCUCCUGAGCUUGGUCGCGAUGCGACAGAAGGCGAUGAUCCGACGUUGAAACAGCAAGUUGACGAGAUUGCAUCCCUAGUUUCUCUGCCGAGCGCAGAUUAUCAGCCAUUCACUAGUGCUCACGAUCACCCAGUGGUAUCUUUGGUGGAGGAUUCUGCGAAUGCUGAAAAUUCCAAAGCCGCGAGCCAGGACCAGGAGGGUUCAAAAAUUGAACCUUCUGAUCGCAACACAACUGAGAUGGUCCCUCCACUUCAAGAGAUGCAGGCUGGAUCACCAAAUGAAGAUGUGACAAUGGCAGAUGCUCAUGACGAGGAUGCUGUCCAGCCACAGGUUUCCACGCAGGCCGCAGACUUGGGUAAACCCUCAAGCCCAGAAACAGAACCAGUUACUAAUCCCACGAGCCCUCGACGUAGCCAGUCGCCACCAACGUCGGACACAAAACCCUCUGAAGUCGAGGCUUCGUCAGCUGAACUUGCUGUCGCAAAACCUUCAGGGAGUCGAUCGGUAACCCCUCACACUCCUUCCACUCACAAGUCCGACAUUCCAUUUCUCCUUCGCGGAACUCUUCGUGAAUACCAACACGACGGUCUGGACUGGCUCGCUGGCCUUUACGCAAAUAAUACCAACGGCAUCCUCGCAGACGAAAUGGGUCUAGGCAAAACUAUCCAAACUAUUGCACUUUUAGCACAUUUGGCCUGUUACCACGAAGUCUGGGGUCCCCACCUGGUAAUCGUGCCCACCAGUGUCAUGCUGAACUGGGAGAUGGAAUUCAAGAAAUGGUGUCCUGGAUUCAAAAUCUUGGCUUACUAUGGAUCCCAGGACGAACGGAAGCGAAAGCGCCAAGGGUGGAAUAAUGAUGAUGUUUGGAACGUCUGUAUCACAUCAUAUCAGCUGGUACUCCAGGAUCAGCAAGUAUUCAAACGUCGAAGAUGGCACUACUUGGUCCUAGACGAAGCUCACAAUAUCAAGAACUUCAAAUCCCAAAGAUGGCAGACAUUGCUCGGCUUCAAUACCCAGGCUCGUCUUCUACUAACAGGUACGCCUUUACAAAACAACCUUACAGAAUUGUGGUCACUUCUCUUCUUCCUCAUGCCUGCCGAAAACGGAGUGGGUGGCUUUGCAGACCUGCAAGAAUUUCAGGAUUGGUUCCACAAACCCGAAUCCCAAAUUUUAGAAAGCGGCAGAGACCAAAUGGAUGAAGAGGCGAGAGCAAUCAUUUCCAAACUUCACAAAGUUCUUCGCCCGUACUUGCUGCGCCGUCUCAAAGCAGAUGUUGAGAAGCAGAUGCCAGCCAAAUAUGAGCACGUUGAGUUUUGUCGCCUAUCAAAACGGCAGCGUGAGCUUUAUGACGGGUUUCUUUCGAGAUCGGAUACCAAAGAGACUUUGUCAUCUGGCAACUAUUUGUCUAUCAUCAACUGUCUGAUGCAGCUACGCAAGGUUUGCAACCACCCAGAUUUGUUUAUCGACCGGCCAAUCAUGACCUCUUUCCGCAUGUCUAAAUCGGUACCGGCCGAAUACACCUUUACGGAGCGCAAGGUUCGAUCACUUCUGGCGGAUGCGCCAAUGAACACAGUCAAUUUAGGAUUCUUGAAUCUCGUACCUACCCAACACGAGAAAUUAAGCAGCGUCAAUGCGGAUCGAAUCGCUCAGCUUAGUUCUCAUCGAGCACUGAUGGACUUGCGUGAGGCACAAAAAGUCAGGGCUCAGGCCGCACAUACAAUUAUUGAUCCCUCCACGGUAGGAUCCAGCAUUUCGUAUCUGGAGAGCGGAGCAAGAUGGGGUCGGUUCGAAGAACUUCAACAUUGCGUGUACCUCAAUGCGCUCCGCCGGCAGCAACGACCAGUUUAUGGCAAGAAUGUCGUUGAUCUCGUGUCGAUCAAUGCGUACAAGCGCCCUUGUCGGCCCAAGCCCAAGAUCCCUCAAAAGAUCAUGUCCUGGUUCGAGGGUGACCUCGCCUUCGUCCGUGCCUUGACGCCGACCCUUGAUCAACGUGCCGAGACUCUAAAAUCUACAAUUUCCAAGUUCUCGUGCGUUACACCACCCGUUGUGACCCGAGAUCUGGAGCAGGUACUGUUAGGCCCCAAAGCAGUCCAAGCUUUCACGGAUGAAGAUCUCAGACUCUCGGCUCCUGUGCGAUGGGCGCCUUUUCUACCCAAGCAAGCUCCACGUGACCCUUGGCAUGAAUCUCGUAUGAGACACAGCAUUCAGUUUCCGGACAAGCGACUCCUCCAAUACGACUGUGGCAAGCUGCAAGUCUUGGAUAAAUUACUUCGAAAACUGCAAGCUGGUGGCCACCGAGCGUUGAUAUUCACACAAAUGACCAAAGUCCUGGAUAUCUUGGAGCAGUUCCUCAAUAUUCACGGCCACAAGUACCUUCGUCUCGAUGGCGCAACCAAGGUAGAGCAGCGGCAAAUCUUGACAGACCGAUUCAACAAUGACCCUCGCAUUUUGUGCUUUAUCUUGUCGACAAGAUCAGGCGGUCUGGGUAUCAAUUUAACGGGUGCCGACACCGUCAUCUUUUAUGACCAAGACUGGAAUCCAGCUAUGGAUAAGCAGUGUCAGGAUCGAUGCCAUCGCAUCGGCCAGACACGAGAUGUACACAUUUAUCGGCUUGUCAGUGAGCACACAAUUGAAGCAAACAUUUUACGAAAGGCUUCACAGAAGCAGAUGCUGGACGACGUGGUGAUCCAAGAGGGAGAAUUCACUACAGACUAUUUCAACAAGAUUUCUGUCCGAGAAGUGUUGGAGGACAAGGUAGACUUUACCAGUGAAGGCGUCGCCGCUGCAGAUGCCGCGCUGGAGAGGGUCCUAGGCGGUCCUGAUACAAGCAGAGACCAGAGAACUGUUGGUAGAGCGCUUGAGCAAGCUGAAGAUAGAGAAGAUGUUGCAGCGGCGCGAGUGGCCGAAAGAGAGAUUCAGGCCGACGAUGCCGACUUUACCGAGAAGACCAACGGUACGGCCUCGGGUACAUCAACGACACGACAAGGCACACCGGCUGGAAAAUCCGUGAUGGACAGCGGCUUGGACCUGGAGGAAAUGACACCUAUUGGUGAAGGCGAAAUCGAGUACAACGCGUACGGUGAAAGUAUGGGCAAUAUCGAUCAAUAUAUGCUCAAGGUCAUGACGGAGGAGCUGAAACAUACGAAGCUAGAGCUGCCAAAGGGCAUGAAAAAGAACAAAAAGAAGGGCCGAGACACGAGGAAGCGCUGA